AAGCAACCUCAAAAUAAAGAUGAAAAUGCACAGCCAAAACAAAAGAAGAAAACAAAAGAGCCGGCAACUGUUAUUGCGCAAUCUAGUCCAGGAAAGACUGAGUCAAGCCAUAUUGAGUCCGGUCGUCCUAAAACACCGCAACACGCAACUCUAAACGAUAAUCCUGGUCCAUCAACGGCAACGUCUCCACACACUCCGCGCAGAAAUCUUGUAUUCAACAGUUUGCCAGGUGGUUUAACGGUCUCCCCGCUAGGUGUGCCGCAAAACUACAGUCCAAUACGGACGCCACUAGGAUCGCCGCAUCAGCAUUCUCCCGUCCAGAGCAUCAGUUUUUGUUCUUCGCCACCAUACCUACCCAGUUUGUCAUCUCUAUCAUCGGUUUUGAAUACGCCAACUAAUCCUCGUGAUCACUCGUUGAAAGACAUUCUACUACGCAUAGAAAGCAAGCUGGAUGUUCUCGCCCGUGUUGAAAACAAGUUAGACAUGCUACUUGAAAACCAGUCGACAACUGUCCGAGAAUCCCCGCCCCAAUCGAUGCCUUCUCCUGUUCAUGUACAACAGGAAACCCCAUUGAUAACCAGGACGAAUGAGGGUGCCACUUUUUCUCCAGCUGAAAUUCGCUCUCUCGCAUCGUCACACAAAAACUUCGCUGUUCGAGUUUUGAGGGAAAUUUGUACGCAAGAAGAAAUGAAGGGGAGGAACAUUGCUGGAUGUCGUGGGAAGCAGGCAAUUGACAAAAACAAGGUACAAAUGAUCCAAUGCCUUGUUAAAGAGUAUUAUCCGGUGGCACCAGCAGAAGCCCACAGAACCUGGACUGAAUGCAGGAAAGCUAUGGACUCAUACCUAAGGCGACUCAGUAGCAAAGAAAGUUAAUAUCACUUGUAAAAUUAUCGUUAUAUUCUCGGUGCAUUUCAUGUUAUGGCAAUCCUAUUUAUAUGUAAAUACUUGGCCUAUUUAGGUGUUUUAGCAUUUGAAGUUUAAUACACAAGACUAAUAAAUUCAUUCUUGAUUAAAACUGCUUUGUUUAAUCAUUGCCAUUAAUUUUGCGAGGCGCAUGCAGAAACACGAUGUAAAGAAUUGUUAUGUUUUGUUGAUGUUAUUUCCUAUACAUUUUUAUUUUCCCAAAAGUAUUGAAAGAUAUUUUCCGUGAAUGACUUUAGU